AUAUCAUGUGUACAUAUUUUUUGAAAGAUAUAAUACAUGAGGCUUACGCGUGAACAACCUGUUAAAUAAACUAUCACCUACUAAAAAUAAAUAUUAUAUAAUAUUUAAAAUGCCACAAGCUGAUGGCGGUGCCAUACCAGUAACAAAUAAUCAGAACGGUGCAUCUGUACAUAAUAACCAUAUUGGUGGUGAUACAACUCGAAGAACUUUAAAUAAUAAUAACAUGAAUAAUAAUAACAUAAGAAAUAAUAACAAUCAAAACCCAUUAGUUAAUGUACGAGAUAGAUUAUUUCAUGCAAUAUUUAUCAAAGCAGCAUUAACUUAUGCAAGAACAUUUCCAAGGCCUGUCAGACGUUUGAUAGAAUUUAUAGUUUUGUUAAAGGCUAUAUUAGCAUUUUUCGUGUUGGCUUAUAUUCACAUAGUAUUUUCACGUGCACCAAUUAAUUGUUUAGAACAUAUAAGAGAUGAUUGGCCACGUGAUGGUAUAUUAAGAGUUGAAAUACUUAGAAAUGGAGGAGAAGACUAUAGUAUAGAAAAAAGCUAUGCAAAGGAAGAGAAACUGAGACAAGAAAAAGUUGAUCAUCUAAUUAAUGCUUUGGGCAUAUUACCUACAGAUGGGUUUAUUAAUAUUGAAUCAUCUGCUGUCGAUGAAGAUAGAGAUGCUGUUAAAAUAUCUAAUGACGAGUAUCACGACACUUUAUUAUUAUUCGAGAAAGAAACAGUUAUCAAAAGUACUACCGUUUCUGGUGAACCACAAGAUCCAAAUUCAAGUGUAAGUAAUGCAACAACAAGUUCUUCAUAUUCAACAAAACUUUGGAAUGAAGUAGAUACAAACAGUAAGCAAACGUCAGAUGAGAAAAUCAUACAACUAAUAAGCACAUUAAACAAUACCGGAGCAGAAGACGUAAAUAAAUCGAACACAGAAGACGUUAUCCAACCUUUAAAGGAGCAGAACUCUGAAGCUGACAAAGCAUCUAGAUCAGACGAUGGUUAUAUCGUAGAAUAUUCACUAGAAUAUGGUUUCUUGAGAUUAUCACCUGCUGCCAGGCAACGAUUAAAGAUUCCUGUAAAAAUUGUUACUUUGGAUCCCGUCAACGAUAAAUGUUUUGGUGACGCUUUCUCAAGAUUAAUACUCGAUGAAUUCUUGGGAUAUGAUGAUUUGUUAAUGGCGAGUAUUAAGACUUUAGCGGAACACGAAGACAAUAAUGGCUUUUUAAGAAACGUCGUGACCGGAGAACAUUAUCGAUUCGUAAGCAUGUGGAUGGCUAGGACUUCCUACCUUGCUGCGUUCUUCAUCAUGUUAGUGUUUACUAUUUCCAUUUCGAUGUUGCUGCGAUAUUCUCAUCAUCAGAUUUUCGUGUUUAUCGUGGACCUGCUUCAAAUGUUGGAGCUGAAUUUAACGGUAUCCUUCCCGGCAACGUCCCUUCUUACCGUGAUUCUGGCUCUAGUCGGAAUGGAGGCAAUCAUGUCCGAAUUCUUCAAUGACACUACGACUGCUUUCUACAUCAUAAUGAUCGUUUGGAUCGCCGAUCAGUACGAUGCUAUUUGUUGUCACACCGCGAUAUCGAAACGACACUGGCUGCGGUUCUUCUUUCUUUAUCACUUCUCCUUCUACGCUUAUCAUUAUCGGUUCAACGGUCAAUACAGCAGUUUGGCGCUUAUCACAUCCUGGCUGUUUAUACAGCACUCGAUGGUGUACUUCUUUCACCAUUACGAGCUACCUGUGAUCCUGCAACAGGCGCAGUUGCAGAACCUUGUCUUCCACAACAACCGGCAGUCCAGCAGGAUUCAAUGGGCAGAAAGGGUGAGCUUUAUGGAGACCACCAGGGUGAGCUCCAGGACGAUCUCCAGGUCGAAUUCCAGAACAAGCCCGACACUGGUGAACGGUGCGACUGCAGCGGAAUCUUCAGAAACGCAGGAAACAUUGGACACCAGGGUGUCCGACACAGCAGGAGAAGCAUCUUCGUCGAGUCCGACACCAGUUCAGUCGGACUCCGGCUCAUCUGAAGUUCAACAGGAGCAGCAAGCCAGAAGUACGGAAGAAACUUCCGUAGCAAGUACGGAGCAAAACAACGAAGCAACAGACAGACUCCUGAGCACGAUCGAGAGCACGAUCCAGAGCAUGAUGGAGGAAUCGCAGUCGGCCGCGGGGAUGCCGGGCAGCGGCGAUUCCUCUUCCUCGGAGACGUCGGAAGGUUCCGAAGUGAUAGAGGCUGCCGAGGCGAGUCGGAAAGAAAUGCCGGCCUGGCAGACCAAAUAGGAGAGCCGAACGCCUCGAGCCGUGCCAGUCGUCUAAGUGGACAGCCGGGAACCGGAGGCUGUCAUUCCACCGCGACUGGAUCCGCGAGCGGAGCUGAGCUGGAUCCGACUCGCUGCUGGGUCCAUCUCAUUGCUGGAUCCGUCUGAGGGCUGCGGGAUUUCGAAGCUGGCGUACAAUCGGGAUGGGCUGGGGUAUCGUUCACCGUGGACCACGCGCGAAGGCGAACGGCUGAAGAACCUUUACAUUUUCGAGCAUGCUGGACCGAGUCACGGGCAAGCUGGACCUUCGUUGGUCUUUCGUUGAUCCAUCGAUGAUCAUUCGCGGGUCCAUCGUUGGUCCGAGGUAGCCGGGCGUCGACUGGUAGUUGGGUUUCAUCGUGCACGGGAUAGCUAGGCAGCGUCUUCCCGGGCUAGACGAUACCCUAUACGACGACAGGUUUUGGGAACGUGGAUUGCCAAGACUGCGAUUAGAUUAGACUCCCCGAGUCGAACUGUUUCGGACGAGCUGAUUUGCUAUGCGUGACCCUCGCAACGGUUCGCCAAGUUGUCGAAGCUGCGUAGGUCCCGAUCGUUCUCCGCCGACGGAAGUUUCUUUCGGAAGAGCCCGAAACGCGUCGAAGGCGAGGCGAACACACAGCACCUGGGCGCAACAAGUUGGAGCGUCUCCGACGAGUGCUCCUUCUUUCCGCCGUUUGCUUGCCACGCGACGCGCAGAUCCUCUUCCACGGAUUGAUCUCGGCACGACGAACGACGGACCGUGUGCGGAGAACGCGUCUGGCGGAACACCUCGCUCGCUUUUGUCCUCCUUUAAGCGCGUUCCGCUUCUGUGGAGCGGUGUUGUCCAGGGACCGGUUCCUACGCACGCUUUCGACCCCUUGCGCAUACCUUUGCUAACAAAGGACAACCUCGCCGGUAAAAGACACAGGACCCCGUGGUCCCGCGUUCUAUGCAGAUGGCAGUCAAUGACGUCGCGCUUUACGUUUUGGUUUCUUUGACGGCAGACGAAGAGUAGGGAACGGUCGAUUCGGUUGCUGGCGAGGCUUCGACGGCGUUGAUAGAAGCCGCGCCCGUAGUUAGGGAGAGAAUUGGAGACCGACGAGAAGAGUCAAUUCUGAUGGAGUAGAAUAAGGUCUCUAAUCUCCGGAGCCUACGUUAGACGGCUCUGUUCUGCAUUGCGUCGAUCACGGGAACGAACGAACGUGUGAUUCCGAUUUCUGCAGACUGGUGCGUAAACUUUUGCAUUUGUAUGAACAUCCGAUGGAUAUUUCCGAUCAUGUUUAGGGCUGCUAACGGAGACACGAGAGCAGCGGUGGCUGGGGAACAGAUGUUACACGUAGUAUUUUUGCAGAUUUUUCAAGAUUGAUGAAGUAUUGAUAUCUUGUUACAUUAUAUAUGAUAUAUUAUUUAGAUUAACCAGGUGUCUUGUUUUAUUAUUGUAGAAAAUGCGAACUGAACGUUCCUGCGAAAUUGUUCAGAAAAGCAGGUAUCACCAAGUGGUGAUAUAUAAAUUUUUAAUAUUUUUCAUAUUGCAAUUUGUGUUCAUUUGAAACACGCGUGCUGAUGCUUCGUCGACUUAAAAUUGGACACUAUUUACGGUCUUCUUCAGGGUUUUUUUUGCAAAAUGGUCAUGCCUAUGGUCAUAUGUUCCUAAUAAAAUUUACUAUACAUAUGGUAACAUAAGUCUAGAAUUUGAUGCAUCUCCGUUCCUGAUGAUAAAAAUUUAGUGACAUUUUAAAACGCAAUUAAUUGCAACUCAAAGAUUUUUCUUUCACUGGCUUAUAUUUUUCCAAAAUUUUCAAUUCUACGAUGUAAUUUUUAUGCAAUCUUUUAAUAUGUUGAUUGAUGUAGCUUGUUAGUUCUAUGAACGUCAUUUCUAAGCGAAAUUAGUUCACUUCAAUUUAUAUUAAAAUUAUUUUAAUAUGAAUACUAUGUGAUAAUUGCUUAUGAUUAUUUUAGUCUCAAGAUUUUUGGAGAUGUUAAAAUUCAAAUGUUCUGCAAACUAAACUAAUGACUGUAGAACGGAAGCUGCGUCGAACAAUGCAUUAAAAAUUGUAUUAGUCCAUACCACUACGAUGGUAAAAUAUAGUCUCCAGAGGAAUCUAUUGUAUUGUAAUCUCUGUUACUAUAAAACUCUGAUUUCCUGUUUCAAAUAUUUUAGAUAAAUAUCUUAGAUCAGAUAUUUUCAGAUAAGGAGGUGUUUCAGAUUCCACUCGUACGUGUCUAACCCUUUCUUAUUAGUAAAAAAUAUUCACUGAUGUUUUGUUAAUAUUGACAAAUAUACAAAAGCAUGAAAUGUACCAUCUUUCUUGUAAACCACUACACAAAACAAAUAGGAGAAUUGUCCAGAAAGAAUAAAUUCAUCAAUGUGGUCGUAAAUUUUCUCGCAAUGUGAAACAGAUGUAAUAUUUUCGCGGGUUCAGCUGCAAGACUGAAAGAAAUGGUCAACAAGAAAUUUUCUCCCGCAACAUCUUUUUAAUCACAAACGAGACCAGUCUGAGGAUGUUUAUAUAAAUUCAGAUUUUCGUCACUAUUCCGUAAAAACUGGAAGCCAACACGCAGCUUCGUUUUUUUUACAGGCGUUGUUUUUUUUUCUAGAGUUCCGAACGAAAAACUAAUUUUCGGAAAAUUAGGGAAAGAGGAUAUAUGCAAUCGGUAAGUCUCUUUUAGAAAAAUGGAAUUCCAUGUAAUAGUUCGCAGGUGUAGACUCUUCGUUAGACAGGUUUUAUUAUUGCUGGAAACAGCGAAGGUAUGAUUGGAUGAAUUGAACGGUAUCGCAUAACUGUCUUAGAAAGAUGUAUAUAAAAAGUGAAAUACAAUUAAGAAAAUUAUUUAAUGAUUUGAGGAGACACGGUUUUCAGGUUUGAACUCUGUUAUAUAAAUUGUACUAUUAUUGUAUUCAUAUUAUACUAGAUUUAGUACGUUAUUUUUCUUUUUAUUACAGCAGGUGUAGGUUUUAUGUUUAAACACAAGAACUAAACUGAUUUCGAACAGAUUUAUAAUCGUUUCUACCGUAAAUGUAAAUAAAUUUUUAAUGUUACGUAGCUGUAUAAGGUGUGCCUAUCUUAUUUUCAUUCGACGCGGAACGAACUUUUUUUUCACUAAUCUUAAGGAAUCAUGUUGAACAUCUAAUUCACAAUGUACUUUGACUUAUAAACGGAGCAAAAUUUGAUUUACGAGCGAAUCAUGCUAGUAUGUUUACAUUUACAUGCGAUAAUUACUUUUCGUUACGUUUCUGUCUUGUUCAGAGUAUCGGAUUUUGGAAUCGUUUAAGGUUUAUGUAAUUGUUGACAAAUUACUUAAUUUCUGUAGCGUCCGGAAAAUUGUCGAAUUUAUGUUUGCAUUUUACAUGGAUCAUAGAAAAGGAUUUUACGAAUCAAGAUUUCGAAGACGAAUGAAAUCAAGUAAUUUAACGAUUUUAGCAGAUCAUUAUUAUAUUACAAGCAUAUGAACAAAUUUGUAAAUCAUGGUAGGUAAGUUAAAGUAUAACAAACAACCUAGAGUAAAUAGUCUAAUUUUUAAUACAAAAUUAGUUAACGAAUUUUAACUUUCUUUUAUAUGUGCUGAUGAACUCCUCUUUAGGCCAAUUUACAACAAUCGCUUUCCAUUCACGUAACUGUCAGACACCGGAGUAUUCGAAAGCCAGUACAAGUAGUAAAAUUGUAUUAGUUAUAUUAGCGAAUGAAAUUUGUUUAGAUAGCAAUUAAUUUACUGGUAAUUUUCGAUAAGAGAACAAAAUUUGUGAUUUUGUAUAGGGCACGUUUAUAGAAAAGAAAAAGAGACACAAGAAAACGCACGGUACACGGAUAGGUGUUAAAUAUUAGUCUUUAAUUAUGUAGUCGCUGAACUCCGUUGUCCAACAGUUAAACUAUGUCGUCGUAUGUUCAUGUACCUCUUUACCGACUGAUUUAUUUCAAGUUCACACGAUGAAUGUAGAAAGUAAUCGUAGGCUGACUUUCAAAUCUGAAAUCUGCUGAAUGCUUUUUAGAACUGUGGUUUAUUUAAUUAUUUCUAAUCCAAUUAUUGCAAGAGGAUGGGUUCGUACAUGUUUUCAGAAUUCCGUAGAGUAGGUAACAUAACAUAACAGUUAUUAAGUGAUUGUGCAGUUUGCGAAAUUAACAAAGAAGUGUCGAAAUGUUAAAUCUUAAUUGCUACAAAAAUAUCAGUUAAUGCUAAAUUAAUAUUUCGCAGGACUCUCGUUUGAGUUUAUAAUAGAUACAAUUCCCCUGGCGAUGAUUCUCCAUGAGAAUAUUUUUUGAAUAAUUUUUGAAUUAUUAUGAAUCAUGAAUUAUUACUAGCAGUUGAACUAGCAGAGCUGCUACAACAGUUUCAACUUCUUAGAAAAUACCGUUUAAACGGUGAAUAAUUUCUAUCGCAUUCCUUUCUUUUUUUUUUGAUAUCCUUUAGUUAUUCGAAUGAAAAUAAUUUUUACCUACUUUAUCGAUCUGUUCUUAAUACUAACUUAUUAAUUAUGUUUUGCACGAUGGUUUCUGUUGAAACAAAUUUCUACAAUGAUCACGUAAAUUUUUAGAAAUUUCUCUUCUAUUAUAAUUUCUGUAUGACUGUAUCUUAUUAUUUGAUAACAUUUUUUUAAGUAAUUAGUGUUCAAACAAUGUGUGGGAUAACGUAAAAUUUUCCCCUAUAGCAAUUACGAUAAACUUGACAAGUGUGUUCAUUGUUCGUACAAUUCUAUCGACUUUCCAAUUUUCUUUCGUAAUUUCACAAAUUGUACAAGUACUGUUUUAUGAUGACGUCUCUUCCAUAGAGCACUGAAAACAUGCGUGGUUUUGCUUGAGACUGGCCGGUAGACUAUGAAUUCUAUGUGUUUAUAAGAAAAACGGAUAGGUUAAAACGUUGAACACAAAUAUCGGAGAAAUUGGAGAAAUCCACUGUUAUCAACAUAUCACGAUCGCUAAGGGUGGAAAUGAUAACUGUCUCCAGAUUCUCCGAAUCGAUGCAGAUAUUGGCAAUAUCGAAGCCAGAAAACGACGCGUUCAGAAGUGUUCACGCAAAAUGAAGAUAGUCUGCAUUAAUUAUAAGAUACAAAAGCUGCAGAAACAUUUAUUUCUCCUCUAAAAAUAAUUUUAACGAGUUGCGAAUAACACAAUAACAUUUUCAAAUUCUCUAGAUGUUUAAAUUGAUCUACUCGUUUUCGUCAUAAAUGCAUGAAAUUCGCAGUCUAAUCAACGAUCCAGCGAACCCAUUAACGGCGGCCAUUUGAAUUUCACUCAUGUUCGUUAGAAUCGUGAUAGAAAAUUUGAAUUCUCCACAAUGAUCCACAGUUUAUCGAUCCGUGUACGAAUACUUUUUACAGCCAGUGUGGUUUCAAACGUGGUUUUCGCGUUCACGUUUGCUCAAGAAUCUCCACCCCGAGCUAGCAUCGGCUGUAGCCACAUGUUGUAUCGAUGACGCCGUUCGUGUGUACAGUAACAACCGUGUACUUCAUCGGGAGCGUGUCAUUCGCGUCUCGCGUUGGCUCUCCUCCAUUGUCCUUAGGCUUAAUUAAUUAAGUCGCUUAGCUGGUAAUUUAGCCUGCGGUAAUUGUGGCGUGCUAGGUGUGUCGUUAUCGCGGAACGAAUUUCACACGUUGACGAUCGGAACGAUGGUUAAAGGUGUACAUUGCAAACAUCGAGCUGGAGCGGGUCAGGCCGCGGAUCGUUCGAACGUUGCGUCGCGUCGUCGCACGUUAAUACAAAAUGCCACUGCGAUGCUCUAAAAUCAUAGCGCUCUAACUAUGGAGCACGAUCUAACAAAAUUGAUGGGCUUCAAUAAAUUGUAUUCGUAAACUUUU